UACUCACAGUAGUAAUGGUGGUGGAUGAGGUAUCUGCAGCAAUAGCGGCAGCAGUCCAAAUACAGAGCUUACUUCACCAGACUAAGCACCCGCUGGCAACCUCAGGUCUCUAUUAUACUGGAUAUUUGAAAUCCCCGCCUCUACUCCAGCCGGGUGUGACGUCAGACGCCAUUCACGCGGCCGGAAGUGACCCCUGGAGGACUCCUGCGUCACCAGAAGUGACGUUGUACCAUAGAGUCCUCCGGACUAACGAUGUCGCAACCCGAAGACCAGCGUGCACGGGACCGGAAGGCAGGAUCUGGAGAUCUGCGAUCCGGCCCCUGUCACAUCUUGCCGGCAUAAACCCACCUAGGCGCCGCGAGGGGGAAAAAAGAACUGGAACGCUCUGGUCAGAUGUAAACCCAGUUAUUAACCUAGAUUAUAUUGUGAGAUCCUGGAUUGGGGGGUGGGGUUAUAAUGCCCCAUGGUAACAGUCCCCAAGAUACUCAGAAUCAGUCUCAGCCACAGAAGAGCAGCUCAGGGAACGAUGGCGACCAACAGAGGACUCAGAAAGCUACACCACAGUCUCCUGUUCCAUCAUUUGCACAGGCAAUCAGCUCUCCUGGACCUCAGUCACCCGGUUACCAAAUACAGCAACUCAUAAUGAGCCGGAAUCCAGUGGCUGGUCAGAAUGUGAACAUUACCCUACAGAAUGUGGGGCAAGUGGUAGCGGGAAACCAACAGAUAACACUCACAUCACUGCCAAUAACAAAUCCUUCCUCUCCUGGGUUCCAGUUUACUUCCCAGACACGCCGGUUUGAGCAUGGGUCUCCAUCCUACAUUCAGGUUUCAUCCCCAAUAUCUCAGCAGGUUCAGACUUCAAGUCCUACACAACCCAAUGCUGUGCCAAUCCAAGCAUUACAAGGUGUCAGAGCCACCACUGCUGGGGCAAGCUUGGGAAUGUGUAACCAGGCUACCACACCCGGUUUUGUAGAUGCAGGCUUGUUGGUGAGACAACUGAGUCUUGGUCCAUCUAGUACCGGACACUUUGUAUUUCAAGAGGGAUCUGGAAUCACACAGAUAGCACCUGGCACGCAAGUGCAUCUUCCAUCAGGAACUUCCACACCAGUCCAGACACAUACUCUGUUGCACUCCAAUUCGCAGACUGUUGGUCCUGUGCAUCAGUUUGGGUCACAGAACUCUGUAGCCACUGGUGCUGGUAUGCAGACUUUGGCUACUGCAGGCCAUAUAACUACGACUAAUAUACCAACACAGAUAAGCAGUAUUAUUCAAGGACAGUUCAUUCAGCAUCAGCAGGUUCUUCAUGGCCAGCAACUGGGCAAGACUCUCAGCUUUGACCGAACAUCUGGAGGAAUGAUAGCUGGUGUUGCUGGUGCCUCUGCUUUUGGGAUAACACAACAAACGCCAACAAGUCCAUCCCGAACUGCUGCUUCUCAGGGAUUUUCUAAUCUUCCUCUUACUCCAACAAUGAGCAGUACUGUAAAAAAACAGGCUAAGAAGCUUGAAGAGAUCCCACCAUCAACUGCUGAGGAUGCCCGCCUAAGGAAACAGUGCUUGGAGCAUCAUUACAAAGCCAUUAAAAUGCUGAAGGAAAACUACAAAGAUUAUCUGACAGAGUUGUUCUUUUUACAACAUUGUCAAGGGAACAUGAUGGAUUUUUUGGCUUUCAGAAAGAAACCUACACUUUUGCUACACAGUUUUCUAAGACAGAGUGAUCUUGAUCUAGAAGUGGAGGAGGAGGAAGUGGAAAAGAGUCCCGUAGUCAUCACUAUGCAGUCUUUAGAUGAUCCUUCAAGUCCUGCAUCUGAAAUUUUAAGUGCUAUGGAGAUCCAGGCUUCCUAUGUACAAAAAGAGACGUCGGCAGAUCCCUCACAGCUAUUUGAUCCCAUCCCAUCUGAACCUGGAUCCCAAUCACCAAAUGUGACACGUGUUGUAGCACAGCAGCAGCCAACUCCUGGUAAAAUAGGUUCCUUCUCUGCCACACUUGGGAUGCCACCCUCGCACCAGACUGUUUCACUAGGUAACAGACAGAAUCAACCAACAAAGCUUUCUGUGGUGCCAAACUCUGCCAGCUUGCAAACAGUGAGCAGAACUGCAGCUCCUAGAACACCUGUGACUACUGUUCCAAACACAGCUCAUCUAACACAGCAGCCACACUCGGAGUCUGUGAAAGCAAAGCCUCAGGCCUUUGGCACUCUCAUUCUGCAAUCUUCUCCAAACCAAAAUUCACAGCAACCCCAAGAAAAGCUGCUGGGUCAGUCAUCUUCCCUGAAAACUCCCUCUCAGUUGGUUUCUUCAUCAAAACUAGGCUCUGAAGAAUUAAAGUCUAUAGUUCCCACUCCCUCAUCACCUACUACGCCGACCUGCAUUCCAGACUCUAUUCUUCCCCCUGUACAUGGCUCACCCAAGAUGAUGUUGUCUCCUGGGGCCAGCAAAGUACUCUCCCCUUCCUCAUCAAAGUCACCUUUACAUUCCGGAGUUCAGGACUCUUCAGCAAUAGCUAUAGAAGACGUUCAGCAAGAAGUGUCCAAACCCCUAGAACAGGAAAACUGUAUCCACCAGCGAAUAACAGAGCUACGAAAAGAAGGCCUGUGGUCCUUGAGAAGACUACCAAAACUAAUGGAGCCUUCAAGACCUAAAUCCCAGUGGGAUUAUUUGUUGGAGGAGAUGCAGUGGAUGGCUGCAGACUUUGCUCAAGAAAGAAUGUGGAAAAUUGCCAGUGCUAAGAAGAUGGCAAGGACAGCAGCAAGACAUAUACUUGAGAAAGAACAGAUUGAUGCCAGGGUCAAGAAAGAAGCUGAAGACAGACUGAGACGCAUAGCAUGGCUUGCUGCACAAGAGAUUCAGUAUUUCUGGUCCAAUAUUCAGCAGGUAGUGGAGAUAAAACUUCAGGUGCAGUUGCAGCAGAAGAGGAAGAAAGUCUUCCAUAUAGCACAUCAAACACAAAAAGACCAGGAAGUCAAAAAGACAGAGUUACCAGUCAAAAUGAACACGCAUUUGGAUCCAGCAACCAUGGGGACUAUUUUAAAGCCUAAAGACUAUGACACACAAAAGCUGGUAGUUCUUAUCGACUCUCUGCUGACUGUGGAUGGAGGCAAUGCUGCCCAUAUGGGUGCAAGGAAACCGAAUCGUGACAUUGCAGAGGUGGCUGCUGCAGCAGAACUGUUACUUCCUCGCGGCAGCUCACGCAUCUCUGGAACUGUAAAAACCUCUCCACCACCAUUACUUCAUGGGAAACUUCGGGAUUAUCAGAUGAUCGGAUUGGACUGGUUGGCACGACAAUACAAGAAGAAUCUCAAUGGAAUUCUAGCAGAUGAAGCAGGACUUGGAAAAAAUGUCCAGGUUAUUGCAUUGUUGGCACAUCUGGCUAGUAGUGAAGGACUGUGGGGUCCUCACCUGAUUGUUGUACGAAGUUGCAAUGUUUUAAAAUGGGAGUUGGAACUCAAACGCUGGUGUCCAUCGCUUAAACUUCUUCUGUAUUUUGGGAGCCAAAGAGAGCUCAGGAGAAAGCGACAGCGAUGGGAUGAGCCCAACAACUUUCAUGUCUGCAUCACAUCCUAUAAGCAGCUGUUCAAGGGACUUCAGGCAUUCAUGAAGAUGAGAUGGAAAUAUUUGGUCUUGGAUGAAGUUCAUCAACUUCGCAAUGUGACCGAGAAGCAUUGGGAAGCCAUCUUCAAUCUACCAAGCCAACGAAGGUUACUUCUAAGGGACACUCCGUUACCACACACAUGGAAGGACCUGUGGACCAUGGUGCACUUUCUCAUUCCAGGCUUGUCAAGGCAAUACUUAGAUUUUCCAGUUAAAGAGGGUAGUGAUCAAGACCAGGAAUACAGACACACUAUAUCAAUAAGAUUACAUCGAUCUGCGCAGCCAUUUAUUUUGCGUCGGACCAAGAGAGAUGUGGAGAGGCAGCUGAAGAAAAAGUCUGAACAUGUUUUGAAGUGUCAACUCUCAAAUCGGCAAAAGACAAUGUAUGAGGAUGUAAUGAUGCAACCAGGAACACAGGAUUCCCUGAAGGGGGGACAUUUUGUAAGUGUUCUUCACGUCCUAACACAACUUCAGAGAAUCUGUAAUCAUCCAGAUCUGGUGGAUCCCCGUUCUGGACAUUCUUCUUAUGCAUGUGAAGCAUUGCAGUAUCAGACUGCAUCACUUGUACUGCGUGCAUUAGAAUAUGAUCCAUGGAAGAACACAGACUUAUCCCUGUUUUCUUUAAUUGGACUUGAGAAUAAAAUGACCCGUUAUGAAGCGGAGCUGCUUUCUAAACAAAAAGUUACAAGGAAACUGCUUCAGGAAAUAUACAGUCACCCUGAUCCUGCUCCCCGACCAAAACGGAAUAAAAUUAAACCCAGCAGUUUAUUUGAGCCAGUACUUUAUGGUCAAAAACCUGAGGGGCGCAUUGUUCCUUUUCCAAGUGCACCAACAACACGUUUAGUGACUUCAGCUACAACCAGUGUCACCCAGCAGGGCCAGGUCAAAAGGUCCACGCCAGUUACCACACCUGUCACAUCUCAGGGAACCAAAGCAACUACCACUCAGGAUCAGACUACUCAUGUCACAUUGGGGGCUCCUAGGCCACAAGCACCAGCAAGCUUUGCAGCAGCCACUGCAGUAAGGCAACUGACCCAUUCUCAGACUUCUCAACAUACAGUUCAGCAGAGUGUUCUAUCUCCAAGGCUGGUGCUCAGUUCUCAGGCCAGGCUUCCAAGUGGGGAAGUUGUAAAAAUUGCUCAGCUUGCUGCUGGUGCAUCCCAAGGACGAAUUGCUCAACCUGAGACACCAGUUACCCUGCAGUUCCAAGGAAAUAAAUUUACCUUGUCCCAGAGCCAGCUACGCCAGCUUACUGCCGGCCAGCCUUUACAGCUACAUGGUAAUGUUCUACAGAUAGUUUCAGCCCCCGGUCAGUACUUGCGUCCUCAAGGAUCUGUUGUCCUUCCAACUAUGCCACAAGGUGCAGCUGCAAAUGUUAUGAGAAAUCAGCCCCAAGUGGGAGCUUCACAGCUCAAUACGGUAUCCUCAGCAACUCAAGUAACUGCCAAAACCGCACAAACUGCAGCAGAGGCAGUAAACAAGUUAGCUCCUGUUGUGCAUCCUAAUGCUCAGGACUCCUCUGAAGACAAGCAUCAUUUGUUAAAAGAGCGCCUGGACCGCAUUUUCAUCUGCAAUGAGCGCCGUUGUGGCAGAGCUCCUGUCUAUGGGUCAGAUUUUCUGUCACUUUUCACUUUGAGGUCUGCUGACAUGUACCCUUCCAAUCUGGAUACACAGUGGAGCUGGACUGGCGCUGUGAACUGUUCAAUAUCCUCUCAGUCCAGUGAGAGUUCUAUUGAUCCACUGAGACACUUGAUUUUGAGUCCAGAACAAAAGAAAAUAGCCCUAGAACCUUUAGUUAAAAGAACACUGUGUGUGGUUCCCCCUGUUAUUGUUCCUCCACCUUUUCUUACGGUUCCGCAUCCACCUCCUUUGUAUACACACGACAUGAAGAUACUUAGUCUUAGACUAAGGCAAUAUGCAGCUCCAUACAUGCAGGAAUUGAGGGAGCAAACAGCACCUCAGUAUGUGCAAAAUCCUGACUUGCGGCUAAUUCAAUGCGAUUCAGGAAAGCUAGAGGCUUUAUCCAUCCUUCUUCGUAAACUAAAGUCUGAGGGACGACGCGUUCUGAUUUUCUCCCAAAUGUUACUCAUGCUUGACAUACUUGAAACAUUCUUGGACUUUAAUUCUUUCACCUUCUUGAGGAUUGAUGAAAAUGCCAAUUAUGAACAAUGCCAGGAUUUAAUGAAAAGUUUCAAUAGAGACCCUCGGAUUUUUUGCAUGGUCUUAUCCACCCACAUCCACUCUUUGGGAGUAUACCAUGUAGAAGCGGACACAGUGAUAUUUUAUGACAGUGAUCUAAAUCCUGUUAUGGAUGGGAAAACGCAGUCAUGGUGUGAUCUCAUUGGCAGAGCAAAGGACAUCCACGUUUAUAGGCUGGUCAGUGCCAAUUCUAUAGAGGAGAAGUUGUUGAGGAAUGGCACAAAAGAUCUUAUUAGAGAAGUGGCAGCUCAGGGUAGUGACUAUUCUUUGGCAUUCUUAACUCAGCAAACAAUCCAGGAACUUUUUGAAGUGUGCUCUCCACUGGAUGACACUGGGUUUAGAGUGAAAGCUGAAGAGUUUGUGUUGUUAUCCCAGGAGCCAUCUCCUUCUGACAUAAUCACCCCAAAGGUGGCAAAGCCAUUUGUAGAGGCACUGGGAAAGAUUGAGUUUGGACAGGAAGAAGAGGUAACAGAGUGUACUGAGCAAGAAGGUCCAAAGCCAAAUGCUGGGGUCUUCCCUACUAUUGAUUCUGAAUGUAUUGAGUAUCAUGAACCUUCCCAGCUGAAAGAGUUAUCUGACCUUAUGCAGCAACUGACUCCCAUAGAGAAGUAUGCUCUGCACUACUUAGAACUAUACCAUGCUCACAGUGUAGGAGAUGAACCUCAAGUCCUUGAGUUUCAGGAGAAAUUAAGUGUUGUUAGAAAAGAAUGGGACUUUAACCACUUGAAGGAGCUAAAGGAGAGAAUGCAAUGGGAAGCUGAUGAAAAUGAGGAGCUGAUCACCUACACACGGGAGGAUGCAUAUAAUAUGGACUUCAUUUAUGAUGGACCAGAUGGAGAGACGGAGAUAAUGCCGAUCUGGACGCCCCCCACUCCCCCUCAAGAUGAGAAUGACAUUUAUAUUGAUUCAGUUAUGUGUCUGACGUAUGAUGCCAACCCUAUCCUGGAAUCUAAGCUGCCCCCUGUUUAUGUGAGGAAGGAACGCAAAAGACAUAAAACAGAUCCAGCUGCUGCUGGUAGGAAGAAGAAAAUGCGACAUGGCGAAGCAGUUGUUCCCCCACGUUCUUUGUUUGAUAGAGCUGCUCCAAACCCGCUUAAAGUACGCAAAGAAGGCAAAGAGCAGAAGAAGAAUAUUCUCCUAAAACAACAAACACAGUUUGCCAAACCUUUGCCAACUCUGAUAAAACCAGUCAUGGAGACGGGGCCUGACAAUCCAGAAUGGCUGAUUAGCGAGGACUGGGCUUUACUGCAGGCAGUAAAACAACUUUUGGAGCUCCCUUUGAAUCUCUCAGUUGUGUCACCAGCACAUACACCCAACUGGGAUUUAGUGAGUGAUGUAGUAAACUCUUGCAGUCGUAUUUACCGCUCAUCCAAGCAGUGUCGCACCCGUUAUGAGAAUGUUAUAAUUCCACGAGAGGAAGGCAAACUACUGUAUGAAGCUAGUCCAAAGAAGAAGUCAGAAAACAUAUUCAAGAAUAAACCUUUAAGGACCAACCAGAUUUAUGCACAAGAUGAGGGAUUAUCCCACAGCCAGUUAUACACAACACGUUUUGAGAUGAUGAAGAUGACUGCUGGAAAGAGAAGUCCACCUAGCAAACCUCUGCUGGGAAUGAAUCCAUUCCAGAAAAAUCCCAAGCAUGCAUCUGUCCUUGCAGAGAGUGGCAUCAACUAUGACAAGCCUUUGCAACCAAUUCAAGUGGCAUCACAGCGUGCAGAUCGUAUAGCCAAAGAAAAGAAGGCUUUGGAACAGGUUCGUGCACAGCAACAGUCUGGCCCAUUACAGCAGCAGCCACAACAAAAUGGACAACAAGUAGCUCAGCCAGCAGCAGCACAACCAGUCCAGGCACCAGUCCAGGCACCAGCUCCUGCAGUGACUCAGGCACAAGUUGUCGUUCAGCAGCAACCUGCAACCAAGGGUCCUAACACAGCCACGGCUUCCAUAACAACUCCAGCACUUCUUACUGGAACUAUAAAGGCUGCUGUAUCUGGAACCUCCAUUGCUACUGGAACUGUUACAGCAAAUGUGCUUGUAAACACAGUGUCAGGAGUUGCAGGGGUCUCUCCUGCUACAUUUCAACCCAUUCACAAGCGAUUGGUAACUCCAGUGGUGACUGGUACAGUUUCGACAACAGUUCAGCAAAGAGCAGCAACAACUCCAACAGCUCCCACAGAGAUGGUGACAAUAGCAACCAGCCCAGGUGUGCGAGCUGUGACUGCAGGGACAGUUGUCUCCUCCAAUCUUACCCCAGUUCAGUCACAGGCCAGAGCCAUUGUCACCCAAGUGACAACAGCCUCUACUACUGGGGUUUCACUGGCAGGCAAAACAAUCACCCCUGCACAAUUCCAGCUUCUUCGCCAGCAACACUCGGCACAACAAGUCCAAGUGUCUCAGAUACAGGCCCAGGCAUCUCCAGGACAAAUUAAGGCUGUUACGAAGAUCUCUCAGGAGCAGCUUCUGAAGCUUCAGAAACAAAAGCUUCAGCUUCCACAACAGGUCUCCCAGACAGGAACGCUGGCUGGCACUACAGCACAAGUACAGGUCCAACCUGUAACUGCGUCACGUGCUGGAGCUGUUCUUACUGGAGCUACUGUGACAAACCUUCGCCUGCUGCAGGCUCAAGGUCAGAUCCAAGCUCAACCUGGGCAAACAGCUCAAGUUGCUUUGGCAAAGCCACCGGUGGUAUCUGCCGUUGUCUCUGGAGGUGUCACUACCCUUCCGGUUACAGUAGCAGGGAUCAGUGUGUCUAUCAAUCAGCCCCAAAAAGCAGCAGGGGGGCAGACGGUCAUGGCCCAGCCAUUGCAUAUGCAGCCAUUGUUGAAAUUAAAACAACACCAUACAACACAGUCCCAGCAACAGCAGAAGGCUUUACAGACACAGACCACAUUGAGUCAACAGAAGCCUUACCUUUCCCUUCAGAUUACAACACCUCAAGUGUCCACUGCAUCACAGCAGCAAAAAGUCACAUAUACCAACCAGCAAGCUAUUAAAACUCAGUUCCUGACAACGUCUUUAACUCAGGCACAGAAGGCACCUGGGACCCAGCAGGUUCAAGCUCAAAUACAGGUUGCCAAACUCCCUCAGGUGGUCCAGCAGCAAGCGACAAUUGCUACACUCCAGCAGGUUGUGUCGGCAUCACAGCAGAUCCAACCACAGACUGUGACUUUGACCCAGGCAACAGCUGCAGGACCUCAGCAGGUGCAGGUGAUACCAGCUGGCUCAGCAGCCGCCCACGUAGUGCAGCAAAAACUCCUACAGCAGCAAGUAAUGGCAGCGGCUGCUUCACCACAGCUUCAGGUUUCCACCAGCCAGGGAACAGUUCCUGUAUCAAUUGCUGCUGAUGUCCAGAACCAGCAAGCAAAGUUACAAGUCCGAACCCAGACUGUUAGGAUCAAACCCCCAACAAAACCGAGCUGAAAGCCAUUGGCUAUUAAUAGAUUGUAGCUCGUGAGCCUUUUCCCUCGGAAUGCCUUGCCUUUGGUAUAAAUCACAGACAAGCCGUCAAACUUCCCAUUGCCACGACCAGGAAAAUACUCUACUCGGGCGAAAAGGAUUUACUUGGAGGCUCCAGAUCUAGAAGAUCGGCCUGUUGUCUGCUUAUUACAAACGUAGAAAGAAUCGGAUCACGUCAGUCCCUUCUACCUCUUGCUUGGACCUUGUAAACAUGUACCGGUUGAAGAGGGGCUGAGACAACAAAUUUUAAAGUUUACUCCUAUUACUGUAUGAACAAAGCUUAUUCCGUAACAACAAUAGCACAACUUAUUGUAACGUGUGUGUAGUCGUAACCUACAUCUGCGUAUGGAAAGGUCUAGGGAGUUGUGUGCACACGACCAUAAAGUCAGAUAGGGGAGCACUCCUAUCUGCUGGGUUUUAUAGAAGGGGGGAAAAAAGCCAUAACUGGAAUAACAGGUUUCACGUGUGCGGCCUUUGCGGGUGUAAAUGCAAAAACAUCAAGGAACUAAAUCAAACUAACAAAAACAAAUUGUGUUUUUGCCAGAUUGCACCCAGUAGCCUCAUUCCAUUGAGGACUAAAAAAAAAAUCAGGUUAAAAUAUAGAGCUUGGGCUUCUUACAUAUUUUUGUACAAAUAUUAAUGAUCUAGGCCUAAAGACAUAUUCCCAGAUGGAGAAGGAAACGACUCCUUGCUAGGGCCACGUUUGACAGACAACAUAAUCAUUUCUUACUAGCAGUUCUGAACCUUUUGCUUUUCAGUGCACAAUUCCAUGUACGCUAAUAUGUUUAAAUGUAAUUUAUACCAAUAUUUUCUUAAAUGUGCAACAAUCUGCCGCUGUGUAUUUUUUUUUCCUGUACAGAGUUAAUUCAGUUUUAGUAAUAGAUAUUAUAACUCCUGUCAUGCAGGUUAAUGUCACGAAUAUAGUUAUAGUACAAUGUACUUUUCAACUAA